AUGGGCUUCAAGGAAGCGGCUAUACUAACUCCCGUCUCGUUCUUUCUCGGCGUGCUUUUCAUCUGCUUUAACAUAGAUCACCGAUUGUUGUGGGGAGAAAUAACCGAGGAGGUCGUUGAGGAUGGAUUGCAGUUCUACGCUACGUUCUUUAAUGCCCCGCCAGCUAUCAAGGCGCUGCUACACGGUAUGGUAGGCAUAGGCCUCAUCGGUUUUCUCGCGAAGCUGCACAAGUGGACAGAGAGCGCGGUAUUCUUCGACGGCAGUAGUUUAGCGGCAUACGUGUUCGCCAUCGUUGUAUACCUAACCGUCAACAUAAACUCGCUGCGGACGAUCGUGGACCCUGUACAAAAUGUCGAAUCGCGGGAAGACCAGGUUAUGGCCAUGCGGGUGCUGGCUGCCGGGAACGUCAUCAUAAUUGCGAGCCUGGGCUUAAUUCUUCUUCUUCAGGCUGGGCAAGAGUGGGCACAACGGACGGAGGCACAGGCUAUCGCCGAUUAUGAGGCCGAACAGCGCAAAAAGGCAAUGGCGACAACGGCAGAGAAAAAGGAACAAUGA